UGUAGCAAGUACCGAUUCAUGGUUUAUUAGGAUCGAUGUACGCUAACUUAUUUUUGUUGACAAAACUGUGCAGCCCUAGUGAGCCCCAUGCACUUUACACACUGCACGCCCAGACAGAUGGCACACCAUCUUGCUACCUACGGGACUACCUUGCAGAUCUUUUCUUUCAAAAUUGCCAACAUCGAUUUGGACCUGAGAUGGCCACUCCUGGAAUGGCCACUUAAAGUGUACGGCGUCGUCGCCGCACGAGACAAUGUGGAUCGUAGACGCAAUAUUCUCUUUUUGAGGGAAAGGGGGAACUUCCAAGAGAUCACCCAAGAUAAACCCUUCUUGAGCUUGACUGGCCCAACUCGUGCAAUUUUGGCUAAGGACCCUGUUAACCUCGAAGUCCAACUAAAACUUAAAGGCCCAACAGAGCCUGAAGACAGAGUGUUGAUCACUAAACGAUGCCAGUACAGUGGCUAUCAUACCGAUAAUGGUUUAUACGCUCUUACCUUGAAGAACUGUCUUUGCACAAUAGAGUUAAGCCUUCAACAACUAUACCGUCAAUCAGUCCAAGCAACUUUUUUGCGUGUUGGUGGCUUUGUUAAAGGCAGUACAACCCCUUUCAUUCAUGGAGGCCGAGUUGCUUGCUCCUCACCACCCGACGAAGUCCUAGUCAUGGAUAGCCAAGGCAUAGUCACGGAAGUUAUUGAUCGUCCGUCAACCCAUGUUGUGUUGCUCAAUUCUCAUGACUGUGAUGGUGGGAAUAUUCCAAUUGGCGAAGAAGACGGAUACCUUGAUCUGUCAAGGCAUGUAGUUUCCGUUGAACUAAAGCCUGUGAGGCAGUAUUCCGAAGAAUUGGAGGAAACCCUGAAAGUUGUCAUACAAGCCUACUCAGAGUCUGGCGAUAUUGCCGCGCAAGCUCAUGUCAAGCUCAGGCCUCAGUAUUGUGGCAUAAGUCAGCAUAUAUGUGACCUCAACGGAUCUGAGGUGGAGAUUACCAUUGCUUGGUCAGCUAUUCUUCGAAGCAACAAGGUUAUUCCGUGA